AUGAGUGAUAGUGAAGAGGAAUUAGGUUAUAUUAAAAAAUCAAAUAGAGGCAAUAUCAAUAGUAAUGAUAAUGACGAAAGUUUAGAUUUUGAACUUGGUAGCGCUGCAACUAGAGAUGACGAUGACGAUGAUGUUAGCAUAAAGAGAAUUAGAAAGAGAAAGAUCAUUCAAGAUGUUAAUAGUAGUAUAGAUAAAAGUAAAGAUAUUGAAGAUGAUCCUUUUUACACUCCAACAAAGAGCAGCAAUAAAAUAUUAGAUGAAAGUGAUGAUGAACAACUUAAUGAAAAGAAAAUAAUAGAUUCAAGUAGUAGUGAUGAUGAAGAAGAACAAGAAGUAGAUAAAGAAGAGAAUAAAAUAAUAGAUUCAAGUAGUAGUGAUGAAGAAGAGGAAGAAGAAGAAGAAAAACAAAAUAAAAUUGUUAAAAAUAAUAAUAAUGAUAAUUCUGCAAAUAGAAGAAAUAUCGACAAUAGCGAAUCAGAUCAAAUUAAGAAAAAAAGAAAAUUAAAUAAUAAUAAUAAAAUAAAAGAAAGUAAUAAUGUAAAUGAAAAUGAAGAUAAUAAUGAUAGUGUUGGAGGAGAUGGUGAAAUACAUAGUGAAGCAGAGGAAGAAGGUGUAAAGAUAAAGAGAAAGCCAAAGUCAAAAGUUGUAAAUUUAAAGACAUCAAAGAGAAGACAAAAGACAUUCACAGAGAAUGAUCUACGUUAUGACUACGGUCUAGACAAACUCUACAAGCAAUGGAAAUCCGCAAAUCUAAACUCAAACAAACCUGUAAAAGAAAAUUUAAAGAAACUAUUAGAUGUGUUUGAUCGUUGGGCAAAGGAUUUAUCACCGGGACUUUCUCUGGUGGAUGCCAUCUACACCGCUGAGAAAUAUGGUAAACUGUCCACUACAAACAGCAUCAUUGCAUCGAUAGAGAAUGGUAUUUGGCAUCCAUUGAAGCAAGAAGCAGAUGCCAAGAAUGAUAUUCAACUGCAACGCAUUGUUGAUGAUGAAACAACAAAAGAUGAUGACAACAACAAUAACAAUAAUGAUAAAUUUAAAUCAAAUGUAAAUAAGAUUCCAAAUAUUAAUAACAAUAACAAUAACAAUAAUAAUAUUGUUAGUAGUAUUCCACAACUUGCAAAAAAGAUCUUUUUGACAUUCUUAAAAUUAUUUUAUGUUGAUUAA